AUGCAGCGUAGUACGAGUUCGGUGCGUUUGCGGGUGAUCCUACAAAGCGGCGCCUGCCCCCCUCCCCAGGUGAAGGUGUGGGGCUCUGGCGUGUGCGGGUCGUCGAUCCCGCCUUUUUCGAACGGGGCUUCGCAUCCCGAAGGCUCAGGGAGUCUGACGGAGGAGGGGACACGAAAUCCACUCCUCAAAACUACCACCAAAACAGCCCCCACCAAUAGACCCCUCGACUCGACUUUCCAGUCACUGGGAAGUUCCACCUCUCAUUCGAUAACAAGUCCGGUGGCAAAUAAGUCGAUAGAGGAAGUGGUGAUCCUCUUUGACGUUGCCGCAUACGGUCGCCAGAUUGCGGAGAGCAAAAUCCGUGAAAAUCACCCACGUCUGUUCAACAGAAAUUGGAUGGAGAAUUCUUUUGAUGAUGCGGCAGUGGCGGUCAUAUUACAGCAAUAUUUUAGUAGACGCGGCAUGACUCGGACAAUGUCUACGUUUUUAGCGGAACUUGCUGAAAUGCGGGUGUUAAUGUACCCAUCAGGUGCAUAUUCCAGGUCUUCCGAAGUGGAAGAAACUCGUGUUGAAAAUGGAACCAAAGCGACUUUCCAUUCUGUAAGUGACCACUCAUCAUCUUCUCAUAACGAGGAAGUUUCUCACGGUGUUUUAGGACCAAAAAAGGGUGGGUGUCUGUCGUCUACCCUACCGACAAGUUUGCUAGAGUAUACCUCGGAGGUCGAAACGCUGCGCCGCAUGUUUAUGGCGACCCUUUCGCAUCCGUCAGUGCUCGCCUUCUCAGACUUGUUUCCAUUCCAACAUCUGGCUUCCAAGCCGCUUGAGCCUUCCCAUACCGGAAUGCCUCAAGCGGAAGACAGUAAAGGGGUUUAUGACCAUACGCAAGGAGGGAUUUACCCUAAGGAAACCACUGAUGUUUUGGAUUAUUUGAUGAACCACCAUCAUAUUCUUUUGCCCACAGGGAGGUGUGCAUUAAUAUCCAUUUUGAAUACAACCUUAGAUUCUCUGGAUUCCAUUCUCCCAUCGCGUUUUUGGGCUCUCUUGUUCUUUUCACUAAGACAAGAUAUUUUGUUUGUUAUAAAGGCCCUACAGGUUAUAGAUACAGGGCUGGAUUGGCUCCUAAGGAGCCUUUUUGAUGUACGGAGACAGUUCUCUCCAAAGAAGGCCCGAGGUAAUGGGAUUUCACACGAUAAUAGUGUAAAGGAAAAGCACAGUAAUUACACAGAUUCAGAUAAUGUUUUUUCAGCUAAUGCGAGUGAGAUGUUUUUUUCUCCAUUUGGAAUGGAGUUGAUCGAACAGAAACUGCUUACGUAUUACACAAACGCCGUUUUGAAGCCUUUUCAUGACAUCAAAACCUCCAAACGCGCUGCUCGACGAUAUAGAGCGCGUAAAUCUACUGACUCUCCAGAAUUCCAAAAAGGAUCCAUACAACCACACAUCAGCCCACAUGAGCUGAUGAGCGAAUUAAAUGACGAGGAAGAUUGUAUACCGGUAACUUCAUCUUCUCCUGAUGGUAUUUCUUGUAGUGGUGUGGCAGGGGCUACAAUCAAUGAGUACCUCCUUACCCACAUUCAGGAGUGCCGCCGCAUUGCUUUCGCGAGUCCUGCUAGAGGCGGAACGGACAACGUCUCUUCCUCAACAGCGGCGCCGUGGGAAGCUGUGGCCAAAAUUCUUAUGUUAGACUCGACACCUUUUGUUGCCCCGCCAAGCUCCUCGACGCAAAUAGCCCUUAUCCAAUCCCUGCUAACCGUUGUACUGCAUGUUAUGGCCUUUUUUAAACACAUGCUAUCAUCUAAUUUGGCGGAGGCCCAACUCAACAACGGAUGUGUGGAUAAGGACAAUUUGGGAAAGGGGGUUCCGGAUGCUCAGGGUGGGGCAACCGUCCGAAAAGGAAAGUGCAGAAACUCCAAAGAAAAACGAUCCCAUAAUUCAAAUGUCAAGGCAAAAACCAAUGCCCCCUCUGCCGCUACUCACAUGGUCGAUAGCUCUGCAGUUGAGUUGCUUAAUUGGGUAGGCCGCUGGGAGUCUUUACUACAACGUGCCCGACAGCAAUACCACAAGUCCACCUGGGCGCUUCUUCAACACGCCCUGGACGAGUUCAACGACCGAAUCCAACGUCGGUUAGUUCGAUUCCUGCGAAAUGGGAAUGGCCUGGUUGGGGUGGAACCACCAGGGCGUGUGGGGUCCGCCUCGGAUCCGCCCAACGAGGCGCGAAGGGGGGAUUCGGGGAUUUUUUCUUCCCUGCAGGGCAACCCCACGGGGCCCACGACCUACAUGGAGUACCUUCUCCGUCCCAAUCCCGCGCCAAACCACUCAACAGAGUUGCCGGGGGCCUCGAAAGCCCCCCCCUUCACCCACCUGCACCAGGCCGGCGCCGUUGACUCCAAGCCGGAGCCCCCUGCCGGUGACCCAAUGGAUCGGGCCCCCAAUGGGACGACCUCCCCCCUGACGAACGCGCCGAUCCAUCCGAAAAGGGGGAAGGGGGCGAAGGGGGGGGGGCCUGUCACCGGCGAGAUCGCCCACGGCGAGGCGGGGCUUGAGCUUUUGUUGACGCUUGGCCAGCCCACCCUUCGGGCGACGUUCCGGCGCACCCACGCGGUCGCCUCCUUGAAACCUCAGCAGCACAUCACCACCUGCGCGUUUCUCGCCGCUCUGGAGGAGGGCAUGCGCGGCUUGCCUGACAUCGGGGCCCUCACCACGGGGGCCUUCAGCGAGCAAACCGAUCCUGAGGAGGUCCCGACAGAGAAAACGACAACGCAUAAGCAGAGUCGAACGGGCGUUCAUACCCCAACGGAGGCUCGAGUGUCUGUGAUGAAGAAAUCCCCCUCUAGUGCUGUCCUGAAAUCAUCGUCGAAAGAACGGAAGCGUAAUGUCCCGUCAUUAUUGAUUUCCUCCCCGCGGGCGGAUGGAAUAAUCAAUGAGGAGGAAAGCCGCACGGGCGACACCCACAGUGAGGCUGCUCUGGAGGGGGGAGACUGGGCCGUCGACGAAUACCACCUCGGGUCAAUUUAUCUCAAACGUGUAUAUGAGUAUAUGUUCAACUGA